UUCCCGGGAGGCCGGGAGACCUGCUCCUCCUGGCCCUCCGUGGGUGAGUGCUGGCGGCCGGCGGCGGGUGGGGCCUCCGCUGGCGGAGGCACCGGGAGCGGGGGCGACGCCUGUCAACGCUCCAGGCCUAGCAGAAGGACUCGCCAACAUCCCUGCUGCUGUGCUUGGCCCCGGGCGUGCCCGUGGCUGCUCCCACUUCUGGGCCUGUGCUGGGGCCGCCCGGGGGCUCUGCUAUCUUGGCACUGCAGAUCCAGCAGGCAGAGUCUUGGACUAGACUCUCUCUCCUCGAGGGCAGAAUCGUUGGGCGGAAGCUGGCUGGUCACCACAGCGGCCACGGCCAUGCCCACCUGGCCCUGGGGGCUGCUGCUGACCGCAGGCACGCUCUCCGCCGCAUUGAGCCCAGGGAUGCCGGCCACAGCCGACCCCUGCUAUGAUGAGGCGGGUGAACCCCGCUGUUGUAUUCCGGGCCUAGUGAACGCUGCUCUGGGCCGAGAUGUGCUGGCGUCCAGCACGUGCGGGAGGCCGGCCAAUCGCGUCUGCGAUUCCUCGGACCCGCAGCGGGCACACUCUGCAGACCUCCUGACCUCUGCUCCGGGCACUGCAAGUCCUCUCUGUUGGCGCUCCGAUUUGCUGCAACGGUCACCCUUCAACGUAACCCUCACGGUGCCCCUGGGGAAGGCUUUUGAGCUGGUCUUCGUGAGCCUACGCUUCUGCUCGGCUCCCCCAACCUCCGUGGCCCUGCUUAAGUCGCAGGACCAUGGCCGCAGCUGGGUCCCCCUGGGCUUCUUCUCCUCCAGCUGUAGCCUGGACUAUGGCCGUCCGCCUGCUCCUGUUGAUGGCCCUGCUGGUCCAGGGCCAGAAGCCCUCUGCUUCCCAGCCCCCCAGGCCCAGCCUGAUGGUGGAGGCCUUCUGGCCUUCAGUGUGCAGGAUGGCAGCCCGCAGGGCCUGGAUCUGGACAACAGUCCCGUGCUCCAAGACUGGGUGACUGCCACAGAUAUUCGCAUAUUACUCACAAGGCCUGCCACACUGGGGGACAUGAGGGACCGGGAGGUCACAGUCCCUUAUUCCUACUCAGCCACUGAGCUCCAGGUGGGAGGUCGAUGCAAGUGCAAUGGCCAUGCCUCACGGUGUCUGUUGGACAGCCAUGGCCACCUGAUCUGCGACUGCCAGCAUGGUACAGAGGGCCCUGAUUGCAGCCGCUGCAAGCCCUUCUACUGUGACAGGCCAUGGCAGCGGGCUACAGGGCAGGAAGCCCACGCUUGCCUUGCUUGCUCCUGCAAUGGCCAUGCUCGGAGAUGCCGCUUCAACAUGGAGCUGUACCGACUGUCUGGGCGCCGCAGUGGGGGUGUGUGCCUCAAUUGCCGGCACAAUACUGCUGGUCGCCACUGCCACUACUGCCGGGAGGGCUUCUACCGUGACCCAGGCCGUGUCCUAAGUGACCGCCGUGCCUGCAGAGCUUGUGACUGCCAUCCAGUUGGUGCUGCUGGUAAAACCUGUAACCAGACCACAGGCCAGUGUCCCUGUAAGGAUGGUGUUACUGGCCUCACCUGUAACCGCUGUGCCCCAGGUUUUCAGCAGAGCCGGUCUCCUGUGGCGCCCUGUGUUAAGACCCCUGUCCCUGGACCCACUGAAGAAAGCAGUCCUGUGGAGCCACAGGACUGUGAGUCACAUUGCAGACCUGCGCGUGGCAGUUAUCGAAUCAGCCUGAAGAAGUUCUGCCGAAAGGACUAUGCGGUGCAGGUGUCAGUGGGUGCGCGCGGCGAGGCCCGCGGCGCGUGGACACGCUUUCCGGUAGCAGUGCUUGCUGUGUUCCGCAGCGGGGAGGAGCGCGCUCGGCGCGGGAGCAACGCGCUGUGGGUACCAACCCUAGACGCCGCCUGCGGUUGCCCGCGCCUCCUACCCGGCCGGCGUUACUUGCUGCUGGGGGGCGGGUCCGGGGCUGCAGCUGGAAGCACAGCGGGCCGGGGACCCGGGCUCAGCGCAGCCCGUGGAAGCCUCGUGCUGCCUUGGAGAGACGCCUGGACUCGGCGCCUCCGGAGGAUGCAGAGGCGCGAGCGGCGGGGGCGCUGCGGGACCGCCUGAAC